AUGUCUCGUUUGUUUCGUCCGAACAGAUCAGUGCACUGGAAGUACUGUGUCCUUGACGAGGGCCAUAUUAUAAAGAAUGGAAAAACAAAGCUUGCGAAAGUCAUUAAGCAGCUACGAGCCAGUCAUCGACUUAUACUCUCGGGAACACCAAUCCAGAGUAAUGUCCUUGAGCUGUGGUCAUUGUUUGAUUUCUUAAUGCCUGGUUUUCUCGGAAGUGAAAAGCAGUUUCAGUCUCGGUUUGGUAAACCCAUUCUACAGAGUAGAGACGCAAAAUCAUCCUCUAAGGAACAAGAAGCUGGGGCCUUGGCCAUGAAGGCCCUUCAUCGUCAGGUUUUACCAUUCCUAUUGAGGCGCCUGAAAGAAGAUGCGCUGCAAGAUCUUCCACCUAAGAUCAUUCAAGAUUACUACUGUGAACUAAGUCCGCUACAGAAGUUUAAACUGAACAUCGCCAACACAGUGAUCUCGCAAGACAACUCAAGCCUAUUGACCAUGGAUACUGGACAACUCCUGGAUCUCUUUUCAGUCGACCAAGAAAAGAAGAGAGAAAAACCAAGCGCACAACAGUCGAAUGCAACUGGGAAGACUUCGCUCAAAACUAUGAUUGAAAAUUUGGGAGAGCUAUGGGACGAGGAACAAUAUGAAACAGAAUACAAUUUAGACAACUUCAUUGGUUCGCUGAAGUGA